AUGGGUGAUGGCCGAAAUGCAAGCCAGGUUGGGCCGUGUUGGUGGGACCGCUUCUGCCAGCUCCAGUACGACGGUGCAUGCCGGCUGGCCGUGCGCUUGAAGGCCUUGGGCCUAAGAGAUGCAGAUGUGGCAUCAUGGCUCUUUGCCUUCCAGAGCUUCAUUGUCCGCUGCACGGAUCCUUCUGUGGAGAUCUCUUUGGAGCUUGAUGCGUCGGAAAAUGAACUGUCAGACGAGGCUGGUGCAAGUCUCAUCGACGGCUUGCGGCAUAUCAAUGCCUGUAGGGGAGGAGGUCUUCACCUGCGAGUGCUAAAGUUGCACAAAAACAAGGUAGGCGACGACACCUGCCAGAGACUUGCUUGCUGGGUAUGGAGCCAGACAAAGCCGGUUGAGGAGAUCCACCUCUCGCACAAUGCAAUUCAGCAGAAGGGCAUGGCCGCUCUUUUGACUGCCCUGGCCAUGCACCCGAAGCAGGUAUAUCCACGGGCAGCUCCAGGGGAAGAUGUGCCUUGCUGGGUGCGAUUGGAGCACAACCGGGUUUCCCAUGCGGAGUACUUGCUGGACUUGUUGGGCAAGGCUCCCGCAAAAUUGCGCUUCUGCCCGGCACGGCGACAAGAAAAGGGCCCAAGCUGCACUUCCUUUAGAUGCCAGGCAUUUGAAGCGGCUCCUGUUGCUCACGUUCACCUGUUCUGUGCGGACAAGCAGGCUGACGCCUUAAUUGAGACGCGGCAGAAUGCGGAGGCCGUGGUUCAGCAAGUCACAGGCGACAGCUUUCAGCUGGAGCCCUCGUUCCCGCGGCUGGAGCUGGCGGAGUCACACGCUUGCGGCCGCUUUGAGGAGCUCAAGGUGGACGCAGACGGCGCUGGCCUGGACCUGGUGGCGGAUUCCUACGGCUACCUGGUGGAGGCCGUAGAAGGGCAGCCGAAGCAGUCGUUGGCAGCUGGCGAUGUGAUCCUGGAAAUAGAUGGCGUGCAGCUUUGGGGUGACCUGGAGGUCGAAGCCCUCGAAGAGGCAUUUGGCAGUCGCUUUGCUGACGGUGCGCGUCUGCGAGUUGCCCGUGCUGAUGCUGUCAGAGCACGCCCGAUUUGGCAGCCAUUGCCACUUCCUGGCCCGAGCAUCUCGGCGCGUUGUGAUGAGCUUCGCUCGGCAUUCGGCGCCGACAUGAAGAUCAUGGGCGAAAAGUGCGGGGUGAAGGCAGAACUUCAGGAGUGUGGCGUGUGGCUUCGGGGACCCCCCCGCCAGCAGCGCUGGGCUGCUGAUGAGUUGCCCCGGCUCGUUGCCUUCUACUUCCCAGAGGCUGUGAUGCCGUUCCCAUCUUGCCAGUGGCGGGGAGCUCCUGAGGAGAGCUGCGCGGUCAUUCAGGAAGCCGAGAGCGGAUUUGGCACAGGUGCGGCGGAGCUUGCGGGCUGGGAGGCAGCACUGCGCGGACAGUGGCAAGAAGACGACGACCUGUUCGAUGAGGAUUUGCCCGUUGAGCCUCUUGAGGCACCAGAUGAGGGUCCUGAUGUUUUUGAGGGUGAGGCACUGCAAUCCGAUGUGGAACUUAGCCAGCUCCGGGUCCUGAUCCUGGUCGGCCUCCCUGGCUCGGGUAAGAGUACUCUUGCUACUAGAUUGCAGAAGCGAGGGUGGGUCGUCAUCAACCAAGACACCCUGGGGGACAGGAAGAAGUGCGUAGCAACUGCCAAUGAAGCUUUGUGCUCCGGCAAGCGGGUGGUGGUGGAUCGCUGCAACGUGACGCGACUACAGCGGCGUGUUUGGCUGGCAGUGGCGGAUGAACACCAGGCAAGUGCUGCAUGCAUUUGGCUGGACGUGCCUGCAGAAGAGUGCGGGGAUCGCGUUCUCCAGCGAUUUGGUCAUGCGACCCUUCCAGCAGAGAACUCGAGCCUGGAGGUCAUUGCAGCUUUUCAAGAGAGACUUGAAGUUCCAAUGGAGGCUGAAGGCUUCAUUUUGUGGUCUGUGCGUGACGAUGGAGACCUUGAUGAGGCCUUUGUGCAGUUGGAGGAGCUUGCGGAACAGAGCGAGGCACUGGCGGCGGACAUGCAACCUCGUCAGCCUGGAAAGACGGAAAGGGUGCAGCAGCCAUUCGCGUACAAGGCGAUCCAACGUCGCGGACAUCGAGCGCUGUACCUUCGCGCAGUUCGAAGGCAGAUCGAGUACUACUUCUCGGACAGAAAUCUCAAGCAAGAUUGGUUCUUUCAGGAGAAAAUCUCCGAGCCACCGGAGCCGGGCUGGUUGGAGCUGCAGUGGAUCCUCUCCUGCCCUCGCGUUCAAGAUGUUCACCGCGCCAGCCCGGAGGAUGUUCUGCAAGCACUGGGCCCCUCUUGUUUGAAAGUCAAAGCAGCCAGAGGAACUCACUGGGUGCGCAGGAGCAAGAGGCUCCCAGUUCUCAAGGAGAAGCGUCCUGCCAAGGGCUAUGAGCCAGAGUGGUAUGUGAAACUACACCAGCCUGCCGGGGCCGAGUCCCCGCGUGCUUCAGGCCGGGCAGACGAGCAAUCCGAUGAGGACCCAGAGGGGCGCCAAUGUGCAGUCUGCAACCGCCGUCGACCCUUGGAGCGCUUCAGCAAGGUGCCACUGGAACGGUUCAGGCGCAGCUCACAAAGCACCGCAGGAGCCCAACGUGCAAAGACUGCGUGGUGCCUGCGUGAUCAAUCGGAGGUUGGCUGUCAAAGCCAAACUAGCUGA